AGCCCAGCCAACCAGCCGUCCCAGGACACCUCGAGCCUCACCCGUCUCCCCCCCUCCUCCUCCAACACCACGAUCAUCACCAUCAUCACCCCCCUCCUCCUCCUCCUCACCUCGUCCCCGCCCUCCACUCCUCUCGAUCACUACACGGGCCGGCUGGCUGUUUCUCACGGCGGCCGGGCCGGCUCCCCUUCUCGUUGUGCUCACCCCCAUCCCUCCAUCCACAUCUUUCUCUAUUCAUCCCUUGCCGCCGUGUCACCCCCACCUUCUACCUCCUCAUCGCCCCCCCCACCACCACCACCUCCUCCCACUCGGAGAAGGAGCGCGAGUUCUCGGGGACUGUUAAGUGAAGAGGAGUAGACGCAAGGUGGAGCGCAAUCAUGGGCAGCAAAGAGCGCUACCACUGGCAGAGCCACAAUGUCAAGCACAGCGGCGUGGACGACAUGGUCCUGCUGCCCAAGAUCAGCGAGGACGCCAUCGUGGACAACCUCAAGAAGAGAUACAUGGAUGACUUCAUCUUCACAUACAUCGGCCCAGUGCUCAUCUCCGUCAACCCCUUCAAGCAGAUGCCGUACUUCACCGACAAGGAGAUCGAGCUGUACCAGGGCGCGGCUCAGUACGAGAACCCCCCGCACAUCUACGCCCUGGCAGACAACAUGUACCGCAACAUGCUCAUCGACCAAGAGAACCAGUGCGUCAUCAUCAGUGGAGAGAGCGGUGCUGGAAAGACCGUGGCAGCCAAGUACAUUAUGAGCUAUGUCUCCAAAGUGUCUGGAGGAGGCUCAAAAGUGCAGCAUGUCAAGGACAUCAUCCUGCUGUCCAACCCCCUGCUGGAGGCCUUCGGUAACGCCAAGACCGUCCGCAACAACAACUCCAGCCGCUUCGGAAAGUAUUUCGAGAUCCAAUUCAGCCGGGGUGGAGAGCCAGAUGGAGGGAAGAUCUCAAACUUCCUUUUGGAGAAGUCUCGAGUCGUGAGCCAGAACCCCCAGGAGAGGAACUUCCACAUCUACUACCAGCUCACAGAAGCAGCAGUGGGUGACCAGAAAGAGUCACUGGGCAUCACGACACCGGACUACUAUUACUACCUCAACCAGUCUGGGGCCUACAAGGUCGAUGACAUUGAUGACCGCAAGGACUUCCAGGAAACCAUGAAAGCGAUGCGAGUGAUCGGCAUCCCUGCCGAGCAUCAGCAGAUGGUGCUGCAGAUCGUGGCGGGGAUCCUGCACCUGGGAAACCUGUCAUUCCGCGAAGCCGGCAACUACGCGGCCGUCGAGAACGACGACUUCCUGGCGUUCCCGGCGUUCCUGCUGGGGAUUGAGCAGGCGCGGCUCAAGGAGAAGCUGACGAGCCGGCAGAUGGACAGCAAGUGGGGCGGCAAGUCGGAGACCAUCGAGGUGACGCUCAACGUGGAGCAGGCCAACUACACGCGCGACGCGCUCGCCAAGGCGCUGUACGCGCGCGUCUUCGACUACCUGGUCGAGGCAAUCAACAGAGCCAUACAGAAGGACCACGAAGAGUACAAUGUUGGUGUCCUCGACAUUUACGGGUUUGAAAUUUUUCAGAAAAACGGAUUUGAGCAGUUUUGCAUCAACUUUGUCAACGAGAAACUGCAACAAAUUUUCAUCGAACUGACGCUAAAGGCAGAGCAGGAAGAAUACGUGCAGGAAGGCAUCAAGUGGACGCCCAUUGACUACUUCAACAACAAGAUCGUGUGCGACCUCAUUGAAAACAAAGUGAACCCGCCGGGCAUCAUGAGCGUGCUGGACGACGUGUGCGCCACGAUGCACGCCAAGGGCGAGGGCGCCGACGCCACGCUACUGCAGAAGCUGCGCGCACAGAUCGGCAGUCAUGAGCACUUCAACAGCUGGAACCAGGGCUUCAUCGUUCACCACUACGCGGGCAAGGUGUCGUACGAUGUGGAGGGAUUUUGCGAGCGGAAUCGCGACGUCCUUUUCACGGACCUGAUCGAACUGAUGCAAAGCAGCGAGCAUUCCUUUAUCCAGGCGCUGUUUCCAGAAAACAUUCAGAGUGAGAAGAAAGGGCGACCAACAACUGUAGCCAGCAAAAUAAAGAAACAAGCCAACGACCUGGUGAACACGCUCAUGAAGUGCACGCCGCACUACAUCCGCUGCAUCAAGCCCAACGAGACCAAGCGUCCACGCGACUGGGAGGAGAGCAGGGUGAAGCACCAGGCGGAGUACCUGGGCCUGCGCGAGAACAUCCGCGUGCGCCGCGCGGGCUACGCGUACCGCCGCAUCUUCAAAAAGUUCCUGCAGCGGUACGCGAUUCUGACGCGCGAGACGUGGCCGGAGUGGCACGGCGAGGAGCGGAAAGGGGUGGAGUACCUCCUGCGCACCGUCAACAUGGACCCCGACCAGUACCAGAUGGGGCGCACCAAGGUGUUCGUCAAGGCACCCGAGUCGCUCUUCCUGCUUGAGGAGAUGCGGGAGCGGAAAUACGACGGCUACGCACGUGCCAUCCAGAAGGCGUGGAGGAAACACGUGGCACACAAGCGGUACAUGAAGAUGAGGGAGGAAGCAUCAGACAUCCUGCUGAACAAGAAGGAGCGGCGGAGGAACAGUCUGAAUCGCAACUUUGUGGGCGACUACCUGGGGCUGGACGACAGGCCCGAGCUGCGGCAGUUCCUGGGCAAACGCGACCGCGUGGACUUUGCCGACAGCGUCAAUAAAUAUGACCGCCGCUUCAAGAGCGUGAAACGAGACCUCAUUCUGACGUCCAAGGGCCUGUACAUGAUUGGCCGUGAGAAGGUGACGAAAGGCCCUGACAAAGGCCAGGUGCGCGAAGUCCUCAAGCGCCACAUUGAGCUCAACAAGAUUGAAGGUGUCUCGCUCAGCACCCUACAAGACGACUUCUUCAUCAUCCACGAGGCGGAGUAUGACAGCCUGCUGGAGUCCAUGUUCAAGACCGAGUUCCUGAGCCUGCUCGUAAAGCGGUACGAGGAGCGGACUCAGCGCAAGCUGCACAUGAAGUUCGCAAACAGCCUGGAGUUCAAGGUGAAAAAGGAGGGCUGGGGGGGGUGGCCAGGUGGUGGGGGCCCCCGUCAGGUCUCCUUCGUUCAGGGCCAGGGUGACGUGGCCGUGCUCAAGCCGAGCGGAAAGCAGUUCACAAUUGCGAUCGGACAGGGCCUGCCCAACAACUCCCGACCCACCAGACGCGACGCACCAUCCGGGAGGUCGCGACCCCAAAACAGGGCAACGGCCAGUCACGGCGGUGGUGCAGGCAGGGGGCGUGGCCAGGGCACCUCAAGAGGGCCCAAUUCUGGGCCACAAUUCCGUCCUCCACAGCAGCAGCAUCAGCAGCAAGCGCCCAUGACUCAGCAGAGGCAGAGCGCGGGGCCCCAGCGUGGAAACCCCAACCACCGGCAGUCCGGCAUUGGUGGCGACGCGCCAUCCCUGCCCCGCCAGGGCGCCAGCACGCGCGCCCGCGUCGAGCCCUCGCGACAGGAACCCCAGGACCUGCCCUUCAUGCGUGUCCCAGACAAAGGGGCUGCCGGAUUGCAGAGACGGCUGUCUCAGGAGCGCAAGCCACCCCCGGGCGCCGGACGCCCCAAGCCUGCGCCCAAGCCCAAGCCGCGAGUGCCCCAAUGCCGUGCCCUCUACCCUUAUGAUGCACAAGACACGGACGAGCUGAGCUUCAAUGCCAAUGAGGUCAUCGACGUCCUGCGGGAGGAUCCUUCUGGCUGGUGGACUGGCCGAUUACGAAACAAGCAAGGCCUCUUCCCUGGAAACUACGUAGAGAAACUCUGACCUGUCUCAUGGCUCGCAUGUGCUCUCAUGCUAGUUUGUGUGUGUGUGUACGUGCGUAUUAAUGUAUGCACAGUUGUGUGUGUGUGGGUGAACGUUAAGCCCUUUUUGCAUUUGGAAACAUGUUUUUCUGCUGCACAUCACUCUUCCUACUUUUUUACAUUGGAUUUUCAAUCUAUAAAUUUUUAUACUCGUGUCAUGUGGUUGGGAUUUUGGAAUCAUUGGCAGCCGACUCCAAAUUGGCCUUUUGCGUUCAUGUGAUCAUAUUCUUCUCUGCCAGUUUUGUCGAGUGGCAUAAGUGGAAUACAGUUUUGUUGCUUGGUUUAAGCAGGAUACUAUCGACUGAUAUCCUGCAUCUAUAAUGACUUAUGCAUUGCAGCUAUGUAUUAUGAAAACACGCUUCUGUAUGCAAAUGCAACCUAAUGUUCUGAAACCUUUGCAUCGCAGCAAAAAUCUACGACCAAUGGUGACCUCACUGGCUGUGUGGGAUUCUGGACUGAUUAAACUAUUUAGGCAGUUUUGCCUGUAUAAUACAAGUAAGCAGUGCAAGCAUUUUCAAUGUGGUUUGUAACCAAAUGUGCCUGCAUGCUUCUGCAUGUAUGGUCUGCUGCCAUCCUGCCUAAGAUUUGUUAUCAAUUCCACCGGUACAUUCCUUCUUAGCUGAAAAUCACAUCUGCUCUGAAGGUUUUGUAGUGAUUGUCCAGCGAAUAACCCACAAUUGGACAUUGACAGGCUACACUUUUCAAAGCCCGUUUGUUACAGAAACAUAACAAUUCCAUGAAAUUACUAUGUAUAAACUCCAAUGUUUUUAAAAACUAAUCACAUUACCUUACCCAUUAAAAUGCCUUUUUAUAAUACAGUACUGUAUUAUUGGUCUUUUACAAAAACAAAAAUGGAAAUACCAUAUUAAAUAUACACACACAACAAUAUUUUGCGGGCUAUUAACCGGUUAUGUUGCAACGGAGCAAAACAUUUCUCUAAAAUAUAUUGUCUUCAUUUUACACCUAAUUAUUAGCAAUUUUGUUGUAAGAGCAAUACACCCACACGCCUCAAUAUGGUACUAAUUAAAACCAGGAUUAUUUAAGUGACUCAUUUUACGUUUAAUUAUUCUCAUGUAAAGUAUCUUCCGAAUGUGGAAUUCAUAACCAAAGUUGGAUGGCUGUAAUACAGAAUGUAAUAUUACCAUCCCGUUGACUAACAUUUCCACUAUCAGCAACUGGAAAAAAGGUCAUCAGGGUCAGAAUUGAACCCGUGCACACGUUUACUUGCACUGAGAGCACAUGUGUAAAUGCUGGAGCCCUGUUUAAAAGCGCAGGAUAAUUAGGAGUGGAGGUGUCAGACAGUACAACGUUACCAUCAGGCCCCAGGCCCUUUGGGUGAAUCCAAGAGCAGAUCUCACAAAAUCACACGUCUCUAUUACUGCUGCUGCUGCUGCUUGACCGAGGCGUGAAGUCUACAGUACUGUAAAUGCAUACGAGUGAUAUUGUUGGGUGUUAGGCUUAAUGCUGAGAGUUGUCUCUUUGCAUAGCACAAUCAUACCUUUACGGUUGCCUGAUGGACUUGCGUAUUGGUUGCAGGGAUCAUUUGAACGAGUGGUAAUUUUUAAGCGAUCGUACGGUUUUUUUAUAUUGAAAAUGUCAUGGAAGCUGGAGCACGACUGUGUUAAUGAAUCGGCAUGAUCAUUAAGAGAGAAACGCCAGUGAGAUAGAUGCAAAGGGGGAGCAGUCGUUAGUUCAUGUAAAUGUAAUGAGAACUGUAAAAUUGCAUUACAAAAAAAUGAUGCAUGAAAUCUGCAUGCAAAACAUUGCUGUGGAUGUCCAGAGGAGAAAUCAAAUUUUAAAACGCUUAAAUUGUGAAGCAUUAGCCUUUUUUUAUGGAAGCUGGAGUAUGUGGUGUUAAUUGAUUGAACGUUUGCUUUCCUGCAAACACAGGACACAUAGUGGAGUGCCUUUUUACUUCGUUUCACAGCGUGAAAUUAUGGACCUUGUAAAUUACUCACACAGGGAAUGGGUUGACUGUAGAUUGAGCUUAACAUUUAUACUUUACAACAGUGAGUGAGGAGUGACAGUGAUUAGCUCACAAUGCUGCUAUAUCAUUGAUCAGAGUUUGAUUCCAUGCCUGGGCAAGGGUCUUAUUUCGUGCAACUUCAAUUGGUUUCUGUAGCCCUUGAGACUUGUCCUCAGGUCAGCUUGACCUGAAAAGAAUGACUAGGAAAGGAAAUGAGCAAUCAAUGUGCAUCUGGCCACACAUUCUAUGCAACUGAGUAGCUACUUGCAACAUGUCAACACAUUUUUCCUUAUUGCUUGUCAUUUUGGAAUAUGCAUUUUGUAUGUAACAACAAUAUGCGCUACAAAUAUGGUAUAAUUAUUGUAGACUAAUAAAUACAUUUUCAAAAGAUGUGCCAUAAGGAAAUCAAAAAUCUCAAAACAAUUCCAGUGUCUCCUUGCACAAACAAAGAAUGAGGGGUGCUGCUCACCUCCACCAGUGGCUCAGGCCACUGGUGGAAAUUCCAAAUUUCUCCAUGCAUAGAUAGGCUAAUUUCUAUAGGACAGCUGUUGACUUCCCACAAGUACUUCCUAGUUUAGCCACCCUGGUGGGAUGAUAGCCAGGAUUUUAACGAGCAACGUUCCGCUUGUGAGACAAACACUCCAAUGACAGUGCCACCCCCUCUGGAUUCCAAGAUGAGAACAUUGGCUCCUGAACAGCACUUGGAGGACCGCGAGCCCGUGACUAAAGGAGAGCAAUCUGUGUGCAUUGAAGCAAAUGCCUUUUUUGUGUACCCCUGUAGAAACGACAACUAUAUUGCUGCACCCACACAGGGCCUGACUUGAGUAGGUUGCGAUUGAAUUCGUUUUUUUGCGAUCGUUCGAACGCGGUACUAUACCUGCACACUGUACAGAAUGUAUGUGUGUGCUACUGAAGUGCUUCACGUUGAUACAUUUUGUUUGCAUAGUUGGGUCCAUUGUGCGUGCCUUAGAGACGCUGUGGUCCGAAUACAGUUUAAAUUAUAUGUACGAAACGGUAAAUGGAAUCACUGGCGGUAAGCAUUAAUUUAAACAUGGGGAGUGUCCUUUUUUAACUAGCUUGAACGUUUUACCAAAAGUGCUCAUUUAGGUAUGUCAUGUUUCGCGUUAUCUAUUUACGAAAAUGUUUAAAUUGGUACGGUUUCCAUAUAUUGUAUGCUGUUUUGAUGGCCGCUUUAACAUAUACUGUAACUUCGCAAAUCAAUCCGUUGUAUUAAUACUGUAGUACAAAGCAAACAUUGAAUUGUUUGAUCCUCAAAUGGGCAGGUUUGGGUUUCUAUAAUAAAAGGAAUGUGACUUUACUGUA